AUGGCCUUGGCUGGCAUCAUUUUGACAUUGGCCGCUGGAUCGGAGCCCGUGCGGGACAACGAGUACGGUCGAAGGGUGGUUGCACAGACUCUCGAGGACGACUAUGAAGCUCUUGUUUGGAAGGUCAUUCGGGAAAGUCAGAGAUCCGUCUACAUUGCGCUGCGUGUGGGAUUCAGUGACCCAGGUUACUCUGGCCUGGAGAAGAAGCUCAGCGCGGUGGGAACAGUGCGCCGAGUAGCCGUAGCGGAUUUUGAGGCCCGGGUGACGAAUGACGAGAAUCUGAAGCGGCGCCGAACAGCGCAACUCACAUCUUUGCAGGCUGGCUCGUUGGGCUUCGUUGAACAAGCCUUAGCAUUGGCUGCGACAGGUGGCAAUCCUCGAUCUCAGCGCUUGGCGGCGCAACCUGAUGUGAAGUUAGGUUCGUUGUUGUUGUUGGAUUUUGUGCUAGCAAUGGUUUUGGUCUUGUUUCAUUUCUUUGUGGAAUGGAUUGCAGCACCUUGGAGGCAACGUGCAUUGGCUGUUGCAGACAGAAUCAGCAGUGCACAGAGCUCUGGAGUAAAGGUGAAGGCUAUGGAAGAGGAGAGCACAGUUCGUCGUGGCGAUUGA